GGACGCCGGCUCCCGGCUGGCCGUGGCGCGCCCCCGGGCUGUGAAUGCGACUCGCCCCUCAUCCGCGCUCCCCGCCCGCCCGCCCGCCCGCCGGGACGUGGUAGGGGAUGCCCAGCUCCCCGGCGAUGGCAGUUGGCGCGCUCUCCCGUUCCUUCUUGGUCACCUGCUGCCUGAUGGUGGCUCUGUGCAGUCCGAGCAUCCCGCUGGAGAAGCUCGCCCAGGCACCGGAGCAGCCGGGCCAGGAGAAGCGCGAGCACGCGUCGCGGGACAGCCCGGGGCGGGUGAGCGAGCUGGGGCGCGCCGCGAGGGACGAGGGCUCCAGUGCCCGGGAUUGGAAAAGCAAGAGCAGCCGUGCCUUCGGCAGCCGGGACGCGUGGAGCAAGCAGAAGCAGGCCUGGGCUGCCCAGGGCGGGGGCACCAAAGCCGGGGACUUGCAAGCGCGGCCUCGUGGGGACACCCCGCAGGAGGAAGCCCUGGUGGCAGCCGCCCAGGACGCGAUCAGCCCCGAACUCGUACCCACCCCCGAGCUGCCCGAGGAGUACGUGUAUCCAGAUUACCGCGGGAAAGGCUGCGUGGACGAAAGUGGCUUCGUAUACGCGAUCGGGGAGAAGUUCGCGCCGGGCCCCUCGGCCUGCCCGUGCAUGUGCACCGAGGAGGGCCCGCUGUGCGCACAGCCCGAGUGCCCGCGGCUGCACCCGCGCUGCAUCCACGUCGACACCAGCCAGUGCUGCCCGCAGUGCAAGGAGAGGAAGAACUACUGCGAGUUCCGGGGCAAGACCUACCAGACUUUGGAGGAGUUCGUGGUAUCUCCAUGUGAGCGGUGCCGCUGUGAAGCGAAUGGAGAAGUGCUGUGCACAGUGUCGGCCUGUCCCCAGACCGAGUGUGUGGACCCUGUAUAUGAGCCUGACCAGUGUUGUCCCAUCUGCAAAAAUGGUCCCAACUGCUUCGCAGAAACUGCUGUCAUCCCAGCUGGUCGAGAAGUAAAGACUGAUGAAUGCACCAUCUGCCACUGCACUUACGAGGAAGGCACAUGGAGAAUCGAACGGCAAGCCAUGUGCACGAGACACGAAUGCAGGCAGAUGUAGACCCUUGACUGUACAAAAACUCACGUGGUUUUUUUCUAGAACAUCUUCCUGAUGUGACACUGUAGAUGGCGCUGGGAAACAUAUCAAAAGAAGACUUUUGAUGCAAAGUCGUGGAAAAUGGUUGAUCCUUUUGUUUUCUUUGGUUACAAUUACUGCAAGAGAAGGAAGUGGAUUUAUUUCAGAGCAUCGUCAAGAACUCUGGGUGUAAAGACCCUCUCUAAAUAAAUGUGCUAUUUUCACAGUAAGUACGCUAAAGUACACUGUUAUAUAUUAAAUGUAUUUCUAUAAUCCCUCUAUUAGAGAGCUUAUAUAAAUGUUUUCUAUAGAUACAGAUUAAAAUGCUGUGUUGUCCACCGUC